UCAUCGAAAAACAUUCGCUUAGCUAAGCUGUGUGUGAUUGAAAACUAUAUUUUUUUUCUGGGCCCAAAAAUAAAUUGGCUUCUCAUUCAUUCAUUCAUUCAUUCAUCAUACGCAUCAUCUACAUUGCCAGCAAAAAAAAAACUAAUAAUUUAUUGUUCGUUAAAGAAAAAAAAUACCAAAAUACAAAACAUGAAGAUAUUAAUUUUUAUCGUCAUUGCCAUAUUGAUGUUGUUGGAAAUAUCUAUUUCCGAUGCGGUACUAAUUGAUCGAGAAAUCUAUUUUACCAGAUGGCGAGAUGAUCCUACCUAUCCAAAUAAUUUAAAAUAUUGUUCAAAUGAAGAUAAUAUUAAUCUUUUAUAUGAACGUAUUAGAAUUAUACGUGAUAAUCCAAUACGUUAUCCAUCAACAGAUAAACAUGUUAUUAAUGGUACAUUAGAAAUGAUACAGAAAAAUAUUGAACAAUUAAAUUUUAAUAAAACAAAAUUUAUACAACUUGAAGAUAGUCAACCAUGGUAUGGUAUAUUGAAAAAAUUUUUAUGGCAUGAUGUAAUUAUGACAUGUGAUUAUCAACUAUUAUGUCAUAAUGAUCUUGCACUUGAAAUUUUGGGCUAUGGACAUGGAUUUAUUAAUCCAAUUUCAUGGACAGAUGUUUCAUCGGAAACACGUUCAACAAAAUCACAUGCAUCAUAUCAAAUUGAUCAAUUUUAUGAACAAAUUAAAUCAACAAAUACACAACUAGAACGUUAUGUUCAUUCGGAUGGUAAAAAUAGUGAAUAUUCACAAUCAAUGAUUGUACAAAGUUUAGAUCAAUUGAUUAAAAAUACAAAUGAUGUUAUGAAUAGCAUUACAAAAGCAUAUAUGUAUAAUUUGGAAAGAAAUUUUAAAAAUUCUUUACAACCACGUUCAGAAUAUGAAAAAUAUUUUAUGCUUCAUUCGAAAAUUUUACGUUGGAUUAUGGAAUUGACCAGUGAUAUUAAAGAACAAUUUAUAAAUCGUUAUCUGGAAUCGACAACAACCACCACUUCAAGUAGCAAUAGUAAUACCCGAGGUUAUCGUGAUUGAAAUUAAUCAUUUUUUUUCGCUCUUGCUUUCAAUUAUGAAUUGCUUCAAAUUCAUUUUUUGAAAAACGACAACACAACAACAAGUCAUUUCCAGGCUUUAUCUAUUUAUUAAUAAUUAAUUUUUUCUUCUCCCAUUUGUUUUUUAUUAUUAUAAUCAUUACUGACUCUUUAUAUUAUAAAUAUACAUGAGCAAAAAAAAAUAUUUAAUAAAUAAAUUUGACAGAA